UAACGUGAUAAAUGAUAUCCAGCGACCCCGUGUUUAAACAGUGGGUUCAAUCUGAAGUAAUAUCGCAGCUCAACGGGGCACACAUAUCGUUGAUUCGAGCGAUACUGUUGGCCUCGGGGGUGGAAACUUGAAGAUUCCAACAGAUGAGCUCCCACGAAGGCCAGUUGUAGACGGCUGUGCGUAAUCAGACAGCCUGAUCGUGAUAGCGUGAUUUCAUACAGAUUUCGUCUAUGUGAAAGACGACCCACAAUAUUAAGUUUAUGGAGGAGAAUUCAUGGGAGUAUUUGAUCGGUACGGAAACACUUUACAGCAGUGUUUAUUCAACACUCUACCACUUCUAAGUUGAGAGUCCAUAAUUCAACUCAUUGAUCGUGAUAUAAGUGAUUUGUGGAUAGUAAAUGAAGACAGGCUAUAAAAUGAGUAGUGAAAAGAAAAACAAAAAUAACUGAGUCCGAAAUUAAUGUUUGUACCAUACUACUCAACGAUCUGGUGUCGAAAGGUACACGGUUUUUUUUUAACGGUUUAUCUUUUAUUUGUUGUUAUUUAUGAGAGAAAACCGAUACUCAAGAAACUGCGAAGUUGGAUUUCUCUUACAAAUAUAAAAUGUUAAUGUGAUAAAGUUUUCUGUUACUUUUGGAACAGCUCUUUGGUUUUCUGUGGAUCGUUUAAAGAUGGCUUUCUGUCAAAAACCAACGUUCUGAAGAUCCAACUCAAAAGGAUUCAAUAAUGAUCGCUGAAACUCUAGGAGAACUGAAGUUUCCAUCACCGGAAGUAGAAUUCCAGCUUCGAGAAAAAAUGAACUUGACGCGGGUCCGCGAAAGCACGCGCACUCCAGAGGAACAGGAACCGGAUAACGAGGAGGACAAGAUUUCCCGCGUGUUGCGUGACUGGCUGCCCGACUACACGAUUGUGACGAUAGUGCCACGUGAACACGUGCCCAGAGAGCCGGUGUUCAGCGGGAGGCUGGGGCGGAGUCCGCGGAUCCAGCGAGCCGUCAGCACGGAGUCCAUCGCCACGCAGUUGUCGCUGCUGUCGUGCUCCACGGGCGGCAAGAGACCCGAGAUUAUUGACUACAUAGGGAAACGAAGAAACAGAAGGAAAAAAUCUCCAAAAGAGCAAGAAGUUCAGACCAGCAAAUGGGUUGAGCUUGCUAACAGACGGACAGGUAUAUUUGACAAGAUGUUCAAAUCUCAGGCCGCCAGCCUGGAAGCUGCCAUUGGUGGCGGGACGAUUCUGACUGGAAACCCCAUCUAUGACAUGUUAGCUGAUGACGAGAAGACGAUGGUGUUUGAGUGUGGGCUCAGAACAGGAUUGAACUAUGCCCCGGGCUUACAGAAAAGCGACAGCGUGUCCAACGUGGCCGUCGAUUCCAAACCUGUUGAACGUCGAUUUUCUGUAGGCGCCAGAAUUUCUGGCAAACCCAUAAACUUUCAGGAGCUUCAGCGAAAGGCGAUCCACCAAAAGAUAGCGAUGUUGGCGAAACAGAUGCCCAAGACGACGUCGAAGAAAUCGCAGCCAGCCGGUGGGACCAGACUGAUGGGGAGCUACUCCUCUGGUGUGGCAGUGUCCUCAAAACAAGACAGUCGGCGUUCUUCCACGCUGUCAGCGGGGAGCUGUGACGUCACACUGAGCACCCCGUCCCAGUCCUUGUCCGUCACCCCGACUCCGCCACCCAAAGAAGCUCGCGUUAAUCUCUGGAAGGGCGACGAGCAGAUUCUCGAGAUGGACCUUCGAAGAGAAUUGACCUCCAAAGUGAAGUCCAAGAUCGCCACCACCACAUCGGCCCUGAACAGGGUCACGGGCUACGGUGACAACAAUGACCAGAAGAAGGCUCGCCGGGCAAAAAGCGACGAGUUUCCGGGAUACACCGACGAGGAUUUCGGUCGUCUGCCGAGGAUGAUGCAGAAGAUUCGGAUCUCCCCGCACCUGAGCCAGGUGAUCCAGCAGGACAUCAAGGUGAGGAUGGGCAGGCCGCGUUACCACGAGAUCAGCGUGCACGAUAUGGAGCUGUGGGACAGGGGACAGAAGCUGGACCGCUCGCACCGCAACCUGAAGGUCUUCAACUGGCUGCACAGUCUGAGGGAGGACAUGUUUGACGAGGACAUCGCCAGCUCGGACAUUGAAGACGAGCCCACUGAGGACGACAUGCACACUGGAAACAUGAUCCACAUCGAGGCGGCAGACGAACCUAACGUGAAGCCUCUCUUUGAAAGAAUGACAAAUGGCAAAGUUCUACGGUGAUGUUCUUGAAAACAAUGAUUAAUGACAAGUGGCAAAGUUCUAAGGUGAUGUUCUUGAAAACAAUGAUUAUGACGUGAUGGCGGUGAUACUUAGUGUAACAUCAUCGUGGUGUGAGAAAUGAGGGAGCAAUUUCUAUUGAGGAUUUCAAAAGUGGAUGUUUUGUUUGGAAAAUGUAUAUAUACUUCACUCCCCAAAUUACAAGAAUGUUUCAUUUCAAGCACAGGUAGUAAAAUACAAGACCUUCUACAGUACAGUUCAAAUCCUAGAUCCGCUGUUGAGUAUGAGCGGAUAAAGUAAUUUGAAAAGAGGGUGGUGCGAAAGUAUUAAUUUGUCAUAUCCCGAAUGCCGAGUGCAAGAAACGCACAAUGCUGAUGACACUGUAUUUUGAAAAGGCGCUAAAAGGCUAUGUACAAUGUCUGUCAGAAACUGGGACUGCUCAACCCCGCACCCUCUGCCUUGUAUUCGCCUGUAGUGAGAUAACGUCUGUCAGAAACUGGGACUGCUCAACCCCGCACCCUCUGCCUUGUAUUCGCCUGUAGUGAGAUAAUGUCUGUCAGAAACUGGGACUGCUCAACCCCGCACCCUCGGCCUUGUAUUCGCCAAAAGUGAGAUUACUAAAUGUGAGAAUAAAACAUUCGGGAUAUAUACAUAACGAUAUUAAUUAAGGGCCAAUAGAUAUUUUCUAAAUAUUUGGUACAACAUUUGUUUUAGUUUUACAAAGAAUACAAAGCUUGCACGAGUUCUACGUUCAUCACUGGUCACAAUUUACUCAGUGUUCACAAAUCAUCCGUGAUCAAAACUUGGUAAGAUAAUAUUCACUAGAAACAUUUUGUACCAAACUAUUUACUAGAUCGUCACACUCGGAUAAUAUGCAUGUAAUGGGGUAUACAGCCAGCCAUGCACGUUUAGAACAGAACAAUGAAGCGUGUCUGUGUCAGUGUGAAUAAAAUGAAUACCACAGCAUUAACGCAGGGUAAUCUUAUAUGUGUUUCACACCCAAUGGCCUAUGUAAUUUUCGUGCUGGAGUGUCGUUAGACAUUCGUUCCACCCAAUAGCCGAUAUAUUUUUCAUGCUGGGGUGUCGUUAAACAUUCAUUCAUUCAUUCAUUCAUCUUAUAUGUAUGUUCUUGUGUUGCCACCAAAUAGAGGAAACAGAAGAAUGCGUUCGUAUGUAUACUGAUGGAAAGAAAUAAAGGAGCAUACAUAGUAACAGCAAAUACAGACUACAACCAAAACCACCAUCCGCAAUAUGAGGAAGUUAACCGUGUUACUGGCAGUGAAUCCCACACUACUAACAUCCAGUCCCAUAUUACAGACAUAAAUACUCCAGGUGGGAAUUAAAUUUGGUUUCAAAUAC